UGCGCAUGCGCGUAUCUCUGGACGCCAAAAUGGUGGCUACGUAUGUAAAGAAAUUUAAAGUGGUGGCAGAAGUAAACACUACUCCUGGUAGCAGACAGAGUGCACUCAUAGUGUCUAGACGUUAAAGGCCAUCUUUUUUUCUGCAUUUAACAUGUGAACUGUUAUACGAGACGAGAACUGAGUUAUCUACUCAAUCUCCGUGCUUUGAUCGUCACCGAAAUUUGUGCCUCAAAACUGCAGACUCCAGUUAUAUACAUGCACGAACAGUUAACUGCAGCGAUUAAUGGAUUUGCUCGAGUUGGAGCAGCUUAUUGAAAAGGCCGCAAAAUGUAAAUCACACGUGGUGAAUCUGAGUCAUCGAGGCCUAACAAUAGUGACUAACAAUGUAGCAAAACUGACAGACGUACGUCAUCUGCUGCUCAACGACAAUAAACUCUUAAUGGCGCCAUCGGAACUCAGUUUACUGCCACUCCUGGAGGAGCUAAUGCUAGACAACAAUCAGCUGACCAUGCUGCCCAAGGAAAUAGGAUGCCUGUGUCACAUCAGAAACCUAUCUGUGAGCUGUAAUCCUUUGGGCAUUCUUCCAGGAGAAAUUGGCAAACUGACAUCGUUGUGUGAGCUUUGGGUGGUAGAGUGUCAGCUUGUUUCAAUUCCCAAAGAGAUUGGUGAACUUUGCAACUUAAGAAAGCUUAGCCUAAGAAAAAAUAAUAUUUCUCAGGUGCCCUCUGAACUGGGAAAGCUUCAUAGAUUGCAAUGGUUGUGUCUAGAAGAAAAUCUGCUUUCUGAACUGCCAGAACAGUUGGGUAACUUAAAGUAUUUGUCUUACCUGAAUCUAAACAGCAACAAAUUUAGAAACAUUCCUGGAUGUUUGCUUUUAAUGUCAGCCCUGACCACCCUUCAUAUGAGAAACAACCUGGUGGCGAACAUUCCAGACAGUACAAUUCUUGCCUUAUCUGACCUGACAAGGCUGGAUCUGCGAUUCAAUCUGAUGAACGAAAAGCCAUCUCAUUGGAAGGGCCUGGAGUACAUUUUGAUUGGACUAGAAGAAAAUAAUGUACAAAACAAUCCACAGGUUCCUCUCUUUGUUCAGCACAGAAGACUGUGAGAAAAAUGAUUUUCAUAUUGGUGAUGUAUAAUACAGCAUUACAUUUAUUAAUUGCCAAAAGUGAUGUCGUUUGUUCUGCACCUUUUGACUUUCACAUACAAUGAUAUGCAUUGCAGCAUAUCCAUGAUUAACUAAUACCAAACCUCAAAACAGUGGAUAAAAUGGCAGUUUUCGUGGGACAUGAUGCAUGCAUUUGUUCUAACAUAUUCAAGUAUCAGAAGUAUGAAAACGGUUGCUCUGUAGUUUCACUGUUUAUUGUGCUGUUGUGUCUGAAAGAGCUGAGUACAAAUGCCACCUUUCCCAUUAAAGGAUCACCAAUAGUAAUGAACAAU